CUUUUUCUAACGCUUUUAAAUCAUACUACCUAAAGAAAAGAAAAUUGAUCUAAAUAGGUUGACGCAUAGCAAACUAACGUGCUAAAAACGAUUUUGAUCAGGCAUCUUUAGGGGCAGCUCUAUUGUGUUUACUGGCUGUUUUGCUCGGAGAAGGCGGCGAUGAGUUGCUUAAUAUUUACUCUACGUUCAGGCCGCCAAUGGCCGAGCGCUUUUACUAAACAAAUCAAACAUUAUUUCUCGGCAGACAUUCGCGCAGGUUCAAUGGCCACAGACUGGCUGUCACCGGCCGAGAGAGAGCAGCUUCUAAUGGAUUUAAAGGCCACAGGCUGGGUGGAAGUAGAAGAUCGAGAUGCUCUUUUCAAGGAACUGCACUUCAAGACAUUUAACCAGGCUUUUGGCUUCAUGUCUCGAGUGGCUCUACAAGCAGAGAAGAUGAACCAUCAUCCAGAGUGGUUCAAUGUUUAUAACAAGGUGCAGAUCACUUUAUCUACACAUGACUGUGGAGGACUGUCAAAGAAGGACAUUUUACUGGCCAAAUUUAUUGAUAAGGUCACACUGUCAUUGUAGUCAAACUGCACAACAUCAUAUAUUAAAGCUGUAUAUGAUGUUCA